CUCGUUGUAUCCUUCGAACCACAAAACAGCAUCACAAGUCCCUGACUAAACCAUGAAAGCUCUCACUCUAAUCCUCACACUUUGCAUCAUCGUUGCUUUCUCACAGGCAACACCUAUAGUUACUCAGCCUCAACCCAAUGAAUCUUUCAAGCUCAAUCAUACCCACCCACAGAAUGUGGGUAGUAGCUGUACUUACACGGUCACCAUAAAAACUAGCUGCAGUUCUCCCUCUUAUACCAGAGAUCAUAUAAGCAUUGCUUUCGGGGAUGCUUAUGGCUAUCAGGUUUAUGUUCCAAGGCUUGAUGAUCCUUAUUCAGGGACAUUCGAGCGGUGCUCUACGGAUACGUUUGAGAUAUACGGUCCAUGUACCUACCAAAUAUGCUAUCUCUACUUAUACAGGACUGGAUACGAUGGUUGGCUACCAGAGAAAGUGACCGUAUAUGGAUAUUACUCCAACCCUAUUACAUUUUACUAUAACACUUAUAUUCCUAAUGGUAUUUGGUAUGGCUUUGAUUAUUGUGGUAGUUAUUUGGCCUCCUCUGCCUCUGCAUAAUAGUGAUCUCAUCGACUUUGUAAUCACAUAAAUGUAAAAUAAAUAGAGGUCCAAUGGUGAACCAUGUUAUGUGGGCUUAGUGUAGGGGACCUUCUAUGUACCCUUUAGGCUUUUGGUCUCAUGUAUGUUUCUAGGCUUCACUUUAUGGAUUCCACGUUACUAUGUCAUAUUUAAUUCGAGAGACACGUUUUUCUUUUUUGU